UUAAUAGCUGGUAGGAAGAAACGUUUGUUACAGUCUAGAGAAGCGGGUGCCAUGGCAAAGUCGACUGUUUUUAUUUUGGCUGCAGGUCUGUGUUUGCAUCUGAGCGAUGCAACUAUCUGCAAACCUCUUUCAACCUUCCGCAUAGACUGCAACAGCUGCACAUGUAGCGAAAAUGGAAUGAAAUACUCCUGUUCGAAUUACGUAUGCCCACCACCAAAGUAUGAAGAUAAGUUCGACAUAGUGAUAACCAAAGAAGGCUACAAACUGUUAGUACCCAAAAGUACCAAUAAAGUCGCUUCGGAUGACGACGAGUUAACUCUCACCAGAAGUCGCAGGUAUCAGAAAAGUCUGAAAGGUUACCCAUAUAUUAACGAUGAAAUACCGUCCAGCAAAGAGUUAGAUAACAGCAUUUACGGCGAAGAUAACAAUGACAUUGACGGAACAGAGAACGACUUUGAAGAGAGAGCCAACAAUCAUAUCGAUAAGAGACCAUACAGAAAUCGUUUUGAGAAAAAGAAAUAUACCGACAAAAUUUAUGACAGUGACGAUGAAAACAGUGACCUGACGUUCGAAGAAAGUGAUGCGAAUGAAGAUGCAGAACGCUUAAGUGAAGAGGAUGACAGUGACGAGUACAACGGAAAAAAUGAUGCAAGUGAAGAUGCAGAACAGUCAAGCGAAGAUGACGACAGUGACGAGAUUGAUGAGAACAACGAUGAUGAAAGUAAAAUAAAAAAAUUCUGGAGACAGGCGAGGAGAACGCGCGUAUAGAGGUUGAAUUUCAGUAGUUGUAGAAUACAAGACGAAAUUUCUGGUGAAUAUUUUUGGUCAAAGGUAAAAAGACGUAGAGUCACUGUAGUUCAACUUGACCAUCUCAUCGAUAGCUUGUAACAAGUUGAAAGUAAAACAAUUUCGCUCAAAAAUUAUCCUACUAUAUCUUAAUAUUUAUAAGGCUGGGACUUUAUAUUAGUUUCGAUUACUUAAUAUUUUCUAGUUGAUAGAAAUUUUGUAGUUCAGCUUCUAUUUUCAUAAAGUUUUUAUGAUCUGA